CCAGGGCACAAGGAAGGGGCUGGGUGGUCUCGGUGGCUCGUAUCCGCGGCGAAAUUCCGGCUUUUAAGGUGGCCCCAGGCCUCCGUCCGCGGCUUCCAACGCGGGGAGUGCAGCGAGGGGCCGCGCGGGCCUGGGACGGUGGCGCUAGGGAGGUCGCCCCCCGAGGGGAAGGACGCCUAGGUGCCUGCUUGAGGUGCUGCAGGCCCCCGGAACCCGGGACAGCCUGUGUUUACCUCGCUCGGUCCCACCCCUGGCGGCCGCGGGCCCGCCCGGAGCGCGCAGCGCGAUUGGGCGAGCGGCCUGUCAGUCUCCGGGGACUUUCCCAGGGGUGGGGCGGCCGAGCCCGGCCCCCGGCACUUCCUAGUCUUUGGCCAGGUCCCACUGCCCCCGCCCAGGAGCCCGAAGAGUGCCGGAGCCUGGCCCGGGCCGCUGCCGGGUCCCUGGACUCGGGGCUGGACGCAGCAGGCGGGGCGCUGUGUCCCAAAGCUCCCAGUCCUCGGCUAGGCGGGCACCACGGCAGGGGCUGAGCUACCCUCAUGGAAGGGAGAGGACCGUACCGGAUCUACGACCCUGGGGGCAGCGUGCCCUCAGGAGAGGCAUCCGCAGCUUUUGAGCGCCUAGUGAAGGAGAAUUCCCGGCUGAAGGAAAAAAUGCAAGGGAUAAAGAUGUUAGGGGAGCUUUUGGAAGAGUCCCAGAUGGAAGCAGCCAAGCUUCGGCAGAAGGCAGAGGAGCUAGUGAAGGACAACGAGGUGCUCCCACCACCUUCUCCCUCCUUGGGCUCUUUCGACCCGCUGGCUGAGCUCACAGGAAAGGACUCAAAUGUCACAGCACCUCCCACUGCCCCUGCAUGCCCCAGUGACAAGCCAUCGCCAGCCCAGAAGCCUCCAUCCAGUGGCACCUCCUCUGAAUUUGAAGUGGUCUCUGCUGAGGAGCAGAAUUCUCCGCCAGAGAGCAGCAGCCAUGCCAAUGUAAUGACUUAUUGGAGAACCAUUGUGAAAAGUCUGGAAGAUUCUUCAAAGGCGCUGGGCCCCCUGCCCCACGAGGAUGGUAACCUGAUGCUGCACCUGCAGCGCCUGGAGACCACGCUGAGCGUGUGCGCGGAGGAGCCGGACCAUGGCCAGCUCUUCACCCACCUGGGCCGCAUGGCCCUGGAGUUCAACCGGCUGGCGUCCAAGGUGCACAAGAAUGAGCAGCGCACCUCCAUCCUGCAGACCCUGUGUGAGCAGCUUCGGAAGGAGAACGAGGCUCUGAAGGCCAAGCUGGAUGAGGGCCUGGAACAGCGGGAUCAGGCUGCUGAGAGGUUGCGGGAGGAAAAUUUGGAGCUCAAGAAGUUGUUGAUGAGCAGUGGUAACAAAGAGGGAGCCUCUGGGCGGCCAGGCUCACCGAAGAUGGAAGGGGCAGGCAAGAAGAUGGUGGCCAGACAGCAGCAGGCUAGUGUGAUGGCAGGUAAGGUCCCAGAGGUGGGGGCCUUGGGUGCAGCUGAGAAGAAGGUGAAGAUGCUGGAGCAGCAGCGCAGUGAGCUGCUCGAAGUGAACAAGCAGUGGGACCAGCAUUUCCGGUCUAUGAAGCAGCAGUACGAGCAGAAGAUCACUGAGCUGCGCCAGAAGCUGGCUGACCUGCAGAAGCAGGUGACUGACCUGGAGGCUGAGCGGGAGCAGAAGCAGCGUGACUUUGACCGCAAGCUCCUUCUGGCCAAGUCCAAGAUUGAAAUGGAGGAGACCGACAAGGAACAGCUGACAGCGGAGGCCAAGGAGCUGCGCCAAAAGGUCAAGUACCUACAGGAUCAGCUGAGCCCGCUCACCCGGCAGCGCGAGUACCAGGAAAAAGAGAUCCAGCGGCUCAACAAGGCCCUGGAGGAGGCACUGAGUAUCCAAGCCCCCCCAUCAUCUCCACCAACAGCAUUUGGGAGCCCAGAAGGAGCAGGGGGCCUCCUAAGGAAACAGGAGCUGGUCACGCAGAACGAGUUGCUGAAACAGCAGGUGAAGAUCUUUGAGGAGGACUUCCAGAGGGAGCGCAGCGAUCGUGAGCGCAUGAAUGAGGAGAAGGAAGAGCUGAAGAAGCAAGUGGAGAAGCUGCAGGCCCAGGUCACCCUGUCGAAUGCCCAGCUAAAAGCGUUCAAAGAUGAGGAGAAGGCAAGAGAAGCCCUCAGACAGCAGAAGAGGAAAGCAAAGGCCUCUGGAGAGCGCUACCAUGUGGAGCCCCACCCGGAACACCUCUGCGGUGCCUACCCUUACGCCUACCCACCCAUGCCAGCCAUGGUACCACACCACGGCUUCGAGGACUGGUCCCAGAUCCGCUACCCCCCUCCCCCCAUGGCCAUGGAGCACCCGCCCCCACUCCCCAACUCACGCCUCUUCCAUCUGCCGGAAUACACCUGGCGUCUACCCUGUGGAGGGAUUCGAAAUCCAAAUCAGAGCUCCCAAGUGAUGGACCCUCCCGCAGCCAGGCCUGCAGAACCAGAGUCUGCAAAAAAUGACCGUGAGGGGCCUCAGUGAGACCAGAUUGUGUCAUUUGGCUCCACCUUCAUCUUGCAGAGCCAGCUGACCUCAGAUUGCCGAAAAACUAGAAGUCACAUGCACAGUGUGGCCAGAGCCUCAACUGGAUGAGAGGCCGAGAUGGGUGGCCAGCUUGUACCCCAGUCCCUGAACUGAGCUGUUUACAAGACUAGGGAGGCUCUGCCCAGAAGGCUUUCAUUUGCACUCUGCGGGGAGUGACUGGGAAAAACUCACUACCCUGCUGCUGAGUGAAGAGAGACCUCAUCCAGCUCUGACCUGCCAUCCGCUGCAGAAGCCUCCAGGAGCAGCAAUCCUAAGAGUGGGGGGCGGCCAAGACCCCCUUCCUUCACAACAUCACAGAAGUGGCUUCAGGCCCUCUGGGUGCCAUGACCAAUUUGUGUGUAUGUUUAUUUUUUUGCUUCAAGCUCUGUAGCAGGACCUGUCGCACGCACAGCCCUACCCCUCUGUGAGGAGCUGUGGGAAGUGUGGGAUUGUCUCCGGAGCAGAAGAGAACGACGGAUGUUCUGACUCUGGGGCCCUCGCCACCUCCACGCACAGUAGCCUCGCUGAAGCCAUCACAGAUGGGAGAAGGCCAUGCCAGCCACGUCUGCUGAGGGGCUCCAGCCUGAAGCUGCAGGCCCUGAGGUUCAGACCCUUGACCCUGCAGCUGGAGGCCUGUGGUGCCAGAAGCCCGGAUUAGGGUGGCUGUCCAUUCCUGGAUAGCUAUUUGCACGAAUCAUGGACAUAAAUCCAAGUUGAAGAUCAA